GGCCAAUGCAAUGGCCACCUCGAAGACUCACUUGGUUUUGGGGAAUUUUAUAGGUGGCCAAUUUGUUCCUUGCUCCUCAUAUUUAGAUUCCUAUGACCCAUCGACAGGAGAAGUAUAUUGCAAGCUGCCAGACAGUGGCAGAGAAGAGGUAGAGGCUGCUGUCAAAGCUGCCCAAAAUGCCUUCCCAGAGUGGUCUGCCAAAAGUCCUCAAGAAAGGUCAAAAAUAAUGAGCAGGCUAGCAGACCUUAUUGAAGAAGAUCUGGAGUCCUUUGCACAAGCAGAAUCAAAGGAUCAAGGGAAAACUAUUACAUUUGCUAGAACAGUGGACAUCCCCCGGGCAAUAUACAAUUUCCGUUUUUUUUCAUCGUCCAUCCUUCACCAGACAACAGAAUGUACACAGAUGGACCAUUUGGGCUGUAUGCAUUAUACUGAGAGAAUCCCAGUGGGAAUUGCUGGCUUAAUUAGUCCUUGGAAUUUGCCACUUUACUUGCUGACCUGGAAAAUCGCCCCUGCCGUGGUGUGCGGAAACACUGUUAUUGCCAAGCCCAGUGAAAUGACAUCCGUCACUGCUUGGAUGAUGUGCAAACUUCUCAAUAAAGCAGGGUUUCCUCCGGGUGUGGUGAAUAUCGUAUUUGGGAGUGGUCCCAAAGCCGGGGAUGCUCUUGUUUCCCAUCCUGAGGUGUCCCUGAUAUCCUUCACGGGAAGCACACUCACUGGCCAGCGCAUCAUUGAAAGGAGUGCUCCGUAUUGUAAGAAGUUGUCGCUGGAGCUUGGAGGCAAAAAUCCAGCUCUCAUCUUUGAGGAUGCCAAUUUGGAUGAAUGCAUCCCUGCCACUGUAAGAUCCAGCUUUGCCAAUCAGGGUGAAAUAUGUCUGUGUACCAGCAGAAUCUUUGUUCAGAGGAGCAUUUACCAAGAAUUUUUAAGAAGAUUUGUGGAAGCUGUCCAAAAGUGGAGAGUUGGAAGGCCCUCUGAUCCCACAGUUGACAUGGGAGCACUGAUCAGUAAAGAACAUUUAGCAAAGGUAAAGAACUAUAUCAAAAAAGCUCAGGCAGAAGGGGUGAAGAUCCUUUGUGGAGAGGGAAUUGAUGCCUUGGCUCUUCCUACCAGAAACCAGAAUGGCUAUUUCUUGCUUCCAACGGUCAUUACUGAAAUGAGUGAUGCCUCGAGUUGUAUGCAGGAUGAGAUCUUUGGUCCUGUAACUUGCGUCACGGUCUUCGACACAGAAGAGGAAGUGAUCAGGAGAGCCAAUGGAGUCAAGUAUGGUCUGGCAGCCACUGUCUGGUCAAGCAAUGUGGGGCGGGUUCAUCGUGUUGCUAAGAGACUCCAGGCUGGAUUGGUGUGGACCAAUUGCUGGCUAAUCAGAGACUUGAAUUUGCCCUUUGGGGGUAUGAAAGCCUCUGGCAUAGGCAGAGAGGGAGCAAAGGAUUCCUAUGAGUUUUUCACUGAGGUGAAAACAAUUACCAUAAAACACACUGCAGUGUACUGAUGAGAAAAGAAUACGUAAUGCCAUGGUAAAUAAAUAAAUAAAAGCAUCAUUAGUAAAUAAUCCAAUCAAGCAAGGAGGUUCUGUUGCAUGAGCAGAUGUCUGCUUGCAUGACAUUGCAUUGAACCCAUGAUGUUUACCAUUUGAAAUAAUGUCCCGUUUAUGUCCACGUGAGGGCAGCAGAGUUCUUCAUUGUUCACUCUUGUUAUUACAUCGAGAUGUCUUUCUGAAACAUAUUUCUUCUUUGAUUUUGUUUUUCACCUUCAGGAAGAACCCUUGUAAUGAAAAAAAAAAAAAAAGAAAAGAAAAAAUAUAUAAAGAAAAAUAGUUAUACAAAUGGGAAUUAUUUUAGUUAGUUAACUCUAAAGCAGGUGUGGGCAACAUGCAGCCUGCAUGAGGCCCCCAACACCCCCAGGUGUUGCCUCCCCACCCCCAAAAUAUGCGGCAGAAGCAAAAAAACUCAGUGGUUUGCUUCCAAAUUUUGGCGACAAACUACUAAGAAAAUCUAAAACAGACAAAUUUAGCUUGGUUUCCCCACCACCACCAUAUCCAAAUAUGGUAGUACGACUGCAGCCUGCAGGGGAUCAAAGAGUGUGUGUGUCAAGAAUGACUCAUGGGGGGGGAUCUACACUAGUGCUUUAAAACGCUUUAUAACAGUUUUGACAACUGUUGGGGCCCAGGACACACUGCAUAUACAGGUGUCAAAACGUUUUCAAAGCGCUUUAAAGGGCUUUAAAAGCAGUAGUAUAGAUCCCCCCCUGGACUCCUCCCAAAGUGCUCAUUCUAAAGGUAGAAAACUGCUGUGCUUAGAUUCCAUUUUGUUGGUCAAGGGAAACCUUGGAGUUAAAUUGUGGAGCGUCAAACAGACACCAGACCCUAUGAGACACAGUCCGAUAACUGCAAAUAUCUUGUAGUUUUCCAUUCCUGGGGCAAUGGAUUUUUUUUUAACCUUCUUUGCUGCCAGCUGUCCCGUCUGGUGAAAGAAAUUACGUAGCUGUCAUGAGGAUUUUGUUUAAUCAUUUUUAUGUAAGUCUGAAGAGUCGGUCCAUCUGUUAAUUCUUACAGAUGGUAAUCAACUCCGAUCUGAUUAUCCCACUACUGCCAGUUGAUCACCCCCUCCAUCCCCUCCACCCCCAUGCCCCUAAUCCACACAUGUACCUAGUCAUGCAGCCCUUUUAAAUGACUGGGGCUGGGCUGAGGUUUCAUGGUUUCUUCUCAAAAGGAUGCUAGCAUUUUCUAGUACUCACGAUGAAGCUUUGGGAUCAUGUAAAAAUUAGACCUUCCUUAAAAAAAACCUAAAGAAAAUCAAAGGCUUUUGUGGAAUGACAGAGCAGGGAUGAAAAUGGCAAUGGGUCUAUAUUUGUGACAAAAGUAAGAAGACAGAUGGCUCAAUAUUUAAUGUACAAAGUUCCAAUGGAUUGAUAUUGGGUUCAUCUUCAUGGAGAACACUGAUCAACACAAAACAUGAAGCUAAUAUCGGCUGUAGCAGCUAACCCUUGUCCUCGAACCCAAAUAUGUGAUCUAAAUUCCUUGCAUGUGUAAGUGAAUUAAACUUGUGUGUGUACUGAAAUCCAGAGACAACAUGCCAUGUCUGAAUACAGGUGUUGGGUGGUGCACAGAUUUGACGUAGCAGAGCAGCUACAGGUUGCUGUGUGGGGCAGUGGAGGGCAAUUACCUCCAGCAAAUCGGUGCACACUCCAUGCAGGGGGAAAGUGAGGUGGGUGGUCGCACUUCCCCCAGCAAGCCUUGCACCCAGUCUGCACCUUGGGUGGCUCCUUUAAAGUUCUGACUAGUUCUGAAUGAAACCAAGAGGGGAUUCACAGCCCCACUGAUAUCAGAGCUAUCAGCCUUCACUGCCUCUCCUUUCAUGGAAUCAUAGAGUUGGGAGGGACUUCGAAGAUAAUCCAACCCAAUUUCCUGCCACUACAGAAAAUCUGCUGCUACAAUAUUCCUGAUAGGCAGCCAUCCAGUGACUGCUCUAAAAGCUCUCAAACCCUCGUCCCCCAGUAGGGGGUUGCAGUCUGAAGCCAUGUGAUCGCAUGUACUGAUCACAUACGACAGUGCUCCUGUUUCCUCACCCCACCUGCUGGCAAUCUUUUCCAACUCUGAGCGCACCAGGUGGGUUGUGCACCCUCCUGUGGUUUAAACAUU